ACAUUCAUGAACAACUGAGGGAGGGGUAGAUUCCAGGUGAUAAGUUCGGGCAAGAUUCCAUUCUGCAAACAGACCCAACUGCGGCAGGCAUCAAAGAGUGACCUAGUGCAGAUUGUGUACAGUUUUGUAGCUUAUGAGCGACAGGAAUACCACUAGUGAGGAUGAUCGGAUCUUGCGAUCGGCUAGAUGUCCGAUUGUCGACGUGGCAUUAGGACCCGAGGGUGAUAGGUUACUGUUCCGCCAGCUUAGGGAGAGGCAGCAGCAGCAGUGGAGAGCUAGGGCAGCGGAGGCCAGCAGGGCAUUCGCAAGUGAAGCCGCUGCUUCAGCAGCCAUGGCAACCGCUGGAGAGCAGAGUUCCCAAGCCAGCAGUUCAGGGGCCGUAGGGUCAACGGUCGCACAGACCCUAAGUCAGUCCACUGGCGUCAUGGAAAGCCAGCCAAUAGUGUUGACUUCCGAUGAGAUCGCCAUACAGCAGGCAGCACCGCAGGAGGCACAGCUACAGAAGGCCUUAGGAGAGAUAAAGGCGGAGAAGGAAAAGAUGAUUAGAAGAAGAGCUAGAAUGCAGCGGAGACAAGCGGACGUUGGUGAGUUAGAGGGAAUGGACCUGACGCACAUGGAUGCAAACGUGAGGACGUUACGGACAGUCCUGCUAGGUGUUGUAGAGAUGCAGGACCACCACACGGCUCUCCUUAAGGACAUCCAACAGAGUCUGGCCUUGCUGGUCGGGCGAGCGAAGGCAGCACCAUCGCUGUCCGGGCCCAGUGCCUGGCUCGUUGUACAACCUCCUCCUUUUGUCCCAUCGGUGACUGGGGUAUCCCCAUAUGUAACCCCAGCAUCGGUCCAAGCCGCUUCCCUGGGCAUGCCGUUGACAGGAGGGUUCUCAGCAGGUCCUAGUGUACAAGUUCCUGUACAGACAGUGUUUUCCCAACCUUCGUCGCAGGUUGUCAUCAGCGGGCAGCCUGCUGUCUCGCAGCCUGCACAGCCGCAGGGUACACAGCCCCAGCAGCAGCUAGUGCAGCAGCCUGCGCCUCAGGGUCCACAGCCCAAAAUGGUACAGGUACCGGGACAAAGUCAGUGGGUUCCAAAGACGGCCAUCGCUGCUCCUCAACCCUUCACAGGGGACAAGAGGGGCGAAGACCUUGACACAUGGUUGAGGAACCAGUUCGCAGGUGAGGCCAACAUCAACAUGCACAACUUCCCCUCGUUCAGCAAGAAGGCCCUAGACCUAGAAGACAAGAUAGGGCAUGGACAAACACCCACGACGGAUGGUAGGAAAAAGUCACUGCCUCCCAACUGGAAGGCGAAGGGACUCAUCAUGUUCUUCGACAACGAUGCUUCUACCAUCGAGUUGGAUGACGACUUCCAAGCGCGAGAGGGUACAGAGGCAGGCAGCGUAGAGGCUUCAGGGGGUGGAGUAGUCGCUGCCUCAGUACAAAAAGGAAAGGCGACUGGUAGACGUUGUGGAGGUUCUCGGUCUAGGAGUCAAGUUGACCCCAACGCUCCUCCAUGGGAGAAAGCGGGUCUAACCGAGGACGUGUGGAGAGACCGGUACACCCGACAGGCUUGUAUUCGUUGUGGCCAAUAUGGCCACAAUCAGUUCAAGUGUCAUAAUAAGAAGGUGACCGAGAAGAUCCCGCCUACGAUGGGGCAGGCGUUGGGAUCCUCUGCUCCCGUUGGUAACGAUGUAGCCUGCAGUUCUGGCACUGCUCAGGGAAACGCGUCGGGCCAGUAGGAAUAGUAGUUGUUCCUGCUAGGGUCGAGGUGGUGGACACACCCUCACCAUCUCGAGAGAUGGCCCAAGCUAUUGACUCCGUUGUCAUCCCGCAAACACAUUCAGACCCAUCGAGCCUUUGUUCGAUGAAUGUAUUUGAGUCCUUAGAGGAGCUAGAGGAGGAGUGGUCCAAAUCAGACCCGCUAGCUUCUUGGACGGCAUUGGCUAAAGCCCCUAGGAGUGAGAUGUUCGUCGGCGAGGUAGUCAUCGGCGGUUGUAAGGUCGGGGCCUAUUAUGACACUUGCUCGACUAGGAACUUCAUUAGUCACGCGUGCGUUGAGAGGUUGCGCUUACAGGGGCAAGUGCAGCGCCAGAGUCGACAUGUGCCAACAAACAGCACAUGGUAGU